AUGGAAUACGGAACACAAGCUGAUGGUGACAUCCAGACUGAUGAGAAUACACCCAUCACGCAUUCGCUGCGUCGCUCGAAUCGUCUAGCUUCUAAACCUCCCCAGCAAACCAAAGCCAUAGUCGCCAUGAGCGGGCCGAGACGAAACCCCAAGCGCAAGGCCUGUGAGGCAGCGGAUGAGGUAAAUCACCGCAUCAACUCAGGCGACGAACUUCUGAACGAGGCCCUGGCUCCGUUAUCUCAAGAGGAUAUCGAGGAGUGGGAAGGUUGGAUAGAGCUCGAGUCGGAACCAGCUUUCUUCAACAUCAUACUCCGAGACCUUGGUGUUCAGAAUGUGAAGGCGCAAGAAAUCUUCACCAUUGACCAUGACUCUCUUUCACAUCUACCGCAGCCGGUGUAUGGCCUGAUCUUCCUCUUCCAGUAUCUUCCGGGAAUAGAGGAACCGAAUGAAGAACAAGAUGCAAGCGAUGUGUGGUUUGCAAACCAGACUACCAAUAAUGCAUGUGCUACUGUUGCUAUGCUCAACAUUGUCAUGAAUGCUGAAGGGAUUGACCUUGGCGACAAACUACAAGCCUUCAAAGAGUCAACAAAGGAGCUCAGCACUGCCCUACGUGGUCACCAAAUCAGCAAAAAUAGAUUCAUCCGCACCAUACACAAUUCUUUCACGCGUCGAAUGGAUCAUCUGAAUGCUGACCUGUUUCUCGAAAAUGAAUCAUCUGGGGCAAAGCCCACUGCAAAUAAGAGACGCUCGACGCCGAAAGGGGGCAAAAGAGCACCCCUGCGAAAGAAGAAAACGGAAUCUGACUAUGGCUUUCAUUUCAUCGCCUAUGUGCCUGCAGGAGGUUAUGUGUGGGAGUUAGAUGGGCUUCAGUAUAAGCCUUGCAGGCUGGACCCAGUACCUAGUUCAUCUGAAUGGACAUCGGUCGCAGGGCCUCAGAUCGAGGCCCGAAUGCUACAAUAUGAGGAAAGUCAGCUUUCAUUCAACCUUCUAGCACUAUGCCAAAGUCCUUUGGCAGCACACUCACAAACUAUUGCCCGUGCCGCAGCAUCUCUACAAUUCCUUUGUACCAAUACCAGACUCCCUGAGUUUGAAAUUCUUGUCCGUGGCGAGAAACCUCCUCUCGACAUCGACGAUGAGUCUCAGCUUUCCGAAUUCAACAUUACCAAAUCAGAUAUCACCAGUACGCAGAUCCCCACCACCCUGCAGUAUAGGCUCAAGCGGCCUGGUUUCGAUACUCAAUCCGCCUAUGAGCUGUAUCAUGAGCUUGUGAUAGAUGUGAAGGCAGCCAUGGGCGAGUUUCGCGCGGAGAUGGCGGCCAUAUCGGACGAUGAACAACGAGUCAAGGGACGUAAGAAAGACUACGGACCUAUGCUGCACAACUGGAUGACGAAACUUGCUCAAAAGGGGGUUCUGGAAGAGGUUAUCAAGGCAACCUAA